CGUUUGAGGUUACGAUUGGUUGCAAUCAGUUCAUUUUCAUAACAUCAUGCAAGACUUUUCGAAUUGAUAUGAUUGUCGGCCAUAAAAAUACAAUAAGCAAGCGUAUCGGCGAUAAAUCUUAAAGUCACUCACUACUCGCAGAUGUCGCAGAAUAACUAAGCAACUCCACUUAACCUAGUCUUUCUGCACUUUCGUAUAACAUAUUUCUUCAUCAAGGACAUAUAAUAACAUUUCUCAGAAGCUAAACUCGUCAAUUAAUUUCAAGCUGGUCUACUAAUUCAUCAUGAUUGAAAUCAAUCAUAUCUACGAGACCAUUCGUGAUCUUUAGGGAAAGUGAACUCUUGCACGGUAAACUAACCUCUAAAAUCGAAUCCUGGAAUUUUGCUACGAGUUUUUUCCAAAGUGCUGCAUUUAAUCAAAUUCAAUUGAUUUAUUCGAAUCAGUCAAAACUUAUUAGAUUUUUAUCAGUUUUGUCAUGAGGCAGCUGUCAAAAGUGCUGAUACGGAAAUAUGUUACUUAAGUGUCCCGCAAAUUUCGGAGCGUGAAAAGUAAAAGUCUCUACGUUUACGUUUAAUAAGCCGAUGAAGAGGAAAUUUAAAUAGUAAUUGGAUUAAUUUUGAAUUCGGGUAUAUGCAAAUGGAAUCAGUUAUGCUGACGCAAAGGCUCAGCAAUCGAAAACCUCUCGUUGAUGUCCUGGCCUUGUUAUUUGGACUCGGAGCCUGGAUUGGAAUAAAUGGAGUUUAUGUGCAAUUGCCAUUAUUGGUGAAUACUGCUCCUGAAGGAUGGACACUUCCUGCUUAUAUGGUUAUGCUCGUGCAGGUGGCAAAUUUAGGACCAAUCUUAUACACUCUAUAUGUCAAAUAUGCAACAUGGGCUCGAGACGACGUAAUAAUUUACUGCCUCCUAGGAGCCGGUUUCCUAGCAACUUGCGCCCUGACCUUCCUCUACGACAGAACAUCAACAGUCUUUGGCGAAAAUCACUCAACCUAUCUUCUCGGUCUGAUGUUCGUAACAGCUGUCGUUGGCUGCACCAGUUCCGUCCUUUUCAUGCCCUACAUGAGAAAUUAUCGAGAAAUCUACUUGGUCUCCUAUCUCGUGGGCGAAGGACUCAGUGGAUUUAUUCCGAGCACGGUCGCCUUGAUCCAAGGAGUCGGUGGAAAUCCGACCUGUGUCAACGUAACCAAACCCGGAUCCAAACUCGAAUUCGACACCCACUAUCCCGAUCCAAGGUUUAGUACCCAAACCUUCUUCGUAUUCCUCGCUACAAUGCUAUUACUCAGUUUUCUCGCCUUCACGAGUCUAAACAAAGUUCGUGUCGCGAAACAAGAGAGAGUCAAGCCACCAGACAGCAUGGAAAACCUUCCCACUGAUAUGAAUGCACCUCCGAGUUAUAAAACUAAUUCCGGCUGGACUAUGAAUAAACAAACUUACGCUCAUCUCCUAACUAUGAUGGUUUUAGUUUGCUUUUUAGGGAACGGAACACUUCCCAGUAUUCAGUCUUUCUCCUGUCUACCUUACGGAAAUGUUGCCUAUCAUUUGACGGUAACAUUGGCAUCGAUGGCAGGACCCCUCGCGAUGUGUUCCGGUUUUGUCAUAAAAAAUCCAGAGAUCAAGCUCCUCACUCUGCUCACUGGAUUUACUGUAAUUAUUUCAGGAUUUGUAUUUUAUUUGGCGCUCCAAUCACCGAUGCCGCCUCUACAGAAUUCUUGGCUGGGAGAAAUGCUUGUUGUCGUUUCCUGGGUGAUGGUCUGUGGAUUAAUUGGUUUUAUCAAAAUGGGAAUUACAACUUUGUUCCGACCGGAUCCGGGCAGGGGUCUUUAUUUUACGGGUGUCGCCACUCAAUUUGGAUCGCUUGUCGGGGCGAUUAUUACUUUUAUUCUAGUCAAUUAUACGAAACUCUUUCAAACUUUUUCUCCUUGCUCGUCGCUUGAGAGACAUUGAGGGUUUGUUGAUGGUAGUUUCGAGAAAUUUAAGAGAACUUGGGGUGUCUACCUGACCCAGAUUUUUCAUUUGAUUGGACUUUAAUGAAUAGUAAAAGGGUUUUCAUAUUUUAUUACUCACAGUUUGUUCAAUCUCGAAAGAAAAUAUUCAAAGAAAUAUCGAUAGUAUUUAUCUGAAAUUAUAGAGAUAUUUUUUUUAAUUUAAGAGAAAAAGAUUUUUGUUUCAACAUAUAAAAUCUG